AUGCCGCCACCGGCGGCCUCCCUCCCGGGCUCCCGGGCGAGGCGCGAGCGCCGGGCCUCGCGCCUCCUCCGAAUUCCUCCACGGGCAGCGACCCGCGGCUGCCCGGCGGGCGGGCGGGCGGGCGGGCGGGCGGUGGGUGCGUCCUCUCCAGCACCGAAGCCCGCACCGAGCGGGCGGGAGCGCCUACUCCGGAGGACGCCUGCCGGCCGGCUCUCUUUUGUUCUUAGCCCGGAGCAGCCCGUCGCAGCCCAGCCAAUCACCACCCCGCCGCCACCCUGCCCGCCGGUGCGAGGCAACUGGGGGCGCUCCCACCCGCGCCCCCCAGACCCACGCCCACCUCCCGCUGACUCGGCCCCGUCCCGGCUUUCCCUAGCCGGCCACUUCGGCGGGUGCUCUCUGCACUUCUCCUACUCAGAUCUCCUCCAGACUCCCAGCCCAAGCUGACAAUUUACACUUGCAGCAGAGCUAUCCACAAACCUUCAUUGUGUUUUGACACAGUCACCUUUGGUUUUGAGGAUGUCGAGAAAGUGAU